AUGGACUCCAUCAAGCAGGGCGCCAACUACGUCUCCGAGACGGUCCAGAAGGCCACUCAGGGCACCUCCAAGGAGGCCAACAAGGAGGUCGCCAAGGACUCCAACGCCCCCAUCGGCACUCGUGCCUCUGCCGCCAAGGACGCCCUCGGCGACAAGGCCAGCGAGUCCAAGCACGACGCCAAGGCUGAGGCCCACAAGCAGCAGAUCUAA